ACGUGGCUUUGUAAUUCAAGUCAAAAACAGUUUUGUUGUUGUUGCUGGUAGUUGAGUUCCAUGAGGUUUAAGUAAUUUGAUAAGGGCUGUAAUCCCUCUGAUAUGUUAUAUCUCACAUGUAGUUUGUGCUCGUGUUUGUUUGAAACUCACUCAACUUUUGAUUCAGUUGCUGAUGCACUGCAAAUGAGGGUGAUACGAUUGAAAACAAGGAAACUUAUUGGAACCGUACUCCUACUUGGAUGUUUACUUCUUCUUGUCUUCUAUACUUGUUCAUAUCUCAACAUUUCUCAUACCUUUAUCUGGGAAUACAUUUCUACUCAAACAGAAAAUAAGACUCAAGCUGGAAAGCUUCAAACAUUUGCUGCUGCCGAGAAAAAAUACGGACUACUGUUUGACUCUUUACAAGAAGCUGAAAUAAAUGAUUUGACUAAGCGUUACAAUCAUGAUAUCAAUUUAUAUUGGCAUAAAUCAGGACUAUUACACGAGCUGAAGCCCAAUAGCAGGCCUCUAUUUGACGCAUCAUGUUUACAUAAUAGAACGCAAUAUUAUAGUAAAGAUUCAGUUUCAAUUGUUAUCUGCCAUAAAAACGAGUUAGUUUACUCCUUUUUCAGACUCCUGGCAUCAAUUGAGGAAUACACGCCAAGUGGUAUUCUCAAGGAGGUACUUGUAAUAGACGAUGGGAGUGACAUUGAUAAUUCUGCAGAAAUGAAGGAGUUUGGUCAGGCAUUGGGGAUACCAAUUCAUUCUUCUAGAAACAAUAAAAGUGUUGGAAUAGCCCACUGCCGCCAUACAGGCAUCAGAUCAGCAACCGGCGAGAUUAUUGUAAUACUAGACUCUCACAUGGAAGUCUCAGAAACGUGGCUAGAACCCCUCCUUCAUAUUUUAGAAUCAAAGCCACGGUCACUGGCUGUCCCACUGGUUGACAUGUUAAACGAGAAUUGGUAUCCAGGAUAUUUGCAGUAUCCCAUUAAUCCUUAUAUCUACGAGUUUACAUUUGGGUACUCUUUGUUGCAUUGGGGCGAGGGUGGUCCGCCAGAGCAUGAUAGAGGACAACCUUUUCCUUCCCCUUCCUUAGGUGGGGGUGCAAUUGUGGCUUAUAAAUCAACGCUGAUUGAUUUUUAUCCAAAAGGUGUCACUGAGGAGUACCUAUGGGGAAUUGAAAACAAUAGGCUCGCUUUGAGAGCUUGGCUUUGUGGGGAUGGUAUCUGGAUUUCGGGUUGUUCUCAAGUUACACAUCUAAGUGGACCCGAUCUGGCUCUAGAUCGUUAUGGUGGUUUUUUCACCAUGAAGAAUAAGCUGGAAAGAGAAAAUUUAGCAGAGAUUCUAAACUUUUUGGAACAUGACAGUGAGAAAAGUAAUCUUCUCGAUCGAACAUAUUUCGAUGAUAUGCAUGACCAAGAAAUCUAUGGUAUGGCAACGAAGAUAUCUAAAGAUUUUGAUCACAGGAAGUUCUGUACUAAAAGCUACACGUGGUACUUGGAAAACAUCCACACUUCCAUUCACUACAAAUAUUUUGAAUCGCCGGAAUUCCUGCAUGUUGGGGAAAUCCAGUCUCAAGGUAGUCAUCACUGUCUUCAUUGUUUUAUGCUAGGAAAAGAUGGAGUGUUCCUAGAACCUUCCUGUCGGAAAGAGAACACUGUAUUUUGGGACACACACCUGUUUGGGUUUGGAGUCAACGGGGCUGUGUACACCAGUAACCCUGAUAUGUUGUGUUGGGAUGUUGGUAAAGAGGGGGAGGGAGUGAGGAUAUCUCAAUAUCCAUGCCAUAGUAGGGUACCCACAGGAAUAGUCUCUGAUAGCCAGAAAUUUGUGUACGAUGAGAAAACAUUGCAAAUUCGACAUCCGUCAUCAGGUCGGUGCGUGGAGAUGGUCAAGAUUGAAUCUAAAGCUCAAGUGCUGCUAAUGAACUGUGGUUCAACAAACCUUCAGAAAUGGGUAAUCAACAGACCAAAAUGGGCACUAAGGUUAGCCAUUUAGAAAUAUAGACAUUUAUU